UCAGCGCAAAUAAUUUGAGAAGCCGAGGACCUUCGGAAUAUUUCUGUUGAAAGAAUGGAAAAUACACCGUAUACCGGCUAUUAACAAAAAUCCCGCGUGGUUUACCCCGGCAUCGAUCGAUCUCUGUUGAUCUGUGUCAUGUGACAGACGCACGUAGACGGCUUUGUUCAUCUAAAACGAAGAGACCCCACUAGUUAACAGCGCUGUGCAAGAAGAUAUCGGGGCAGCAUGCAUAUUUACAGCUAGCCACUCUGAUUAGCUUUCUACCCGUCUUUUCUAUAGCUGUCGCUGGAAUAUUAGUAUAAUUGUUCUCCUCUUCAACGAGAAGAAAAAUGUUUCUCGGUCGCAAAGUGAGAUUGUCGACAGCGGCUCUAGGUGAAGCUUGGAACUCCAUAUACGCGCAAGUCACAUUAAACAGACUAGGGGACGUUACCUGCUCGACAUUACAUAAUAGACAUACAUUUCCAUGUCAUAGAGCUUUAAGUCGAUCCGUCUGUUGUCCGGACCUUGAACUCUCAUGUGAAAAGCGACGGGGGGGAAUGUUCACCGCCAGAAACUACCUGGACUCGUCCCGUUUUAUAAUUUCGCAGUGGGAACAUUUAGUUCGGGUAACCCCUAUUGCUCCAAGUCUCUCUCGGAGUCAACACAAAAGACACGUUUUACACGAGAGCAAUACAUGUACGUCUUCAUCUGCGCUCAUCUUAGUAAAUGCAAACGGGCGCAGUAAACUCGGUACAGUUCACUCUGUUUUGUUUACAAAUGACACGACGUUCUGCUCAACGCGUUUCCUCUCCACGAUUGUACAAAUGAGAGCUUCAUCUACCGCUACCAAGGAGAAGCUCGAGGCAGGCACCUCAGCGGACACGGUCACGGACAACAAAGAGAACCCCUCCCAGUCCUCCUCGUCCCCAGACCCAGGGCCAGGGCCAGGACCAGGGGAGGACAAGCCCAGCAGGACCCAGCAGCUGAAGAAGGUGUUCAAGGAGUAUGGUGCUGUAGGCGUCUCCUUCCACAUCUGCAUCUCCGUCAUGUCCCUGGGCAUGUUCUACCUAGCGGUGUCCAGUGGGAUAGACAUGGCAGGGUUGCUUUGCAAGCUGGGCUUCAGUGAAAGUGUGGUCCAGUCCAAGAUGGCCGCCGGCACCAGCAGGCUGGUGUUAGCGUACGCCGUGCACAAGCUGUUUGCCCCCGUACGCAUCAGUAUCACCCUGGUGUCUGUUCCUCUCAUCGUGAGACACUUCAGAAAGACUGGCCUGUUCAGACCCCCCGGGCCUGCACCCUGAAACAUGUUCCCUCAUACACUCUCUCUCACACACACACACACACACACACUCACUCAUACACACGCAUAUACACUCUCAGACACACACACACACACUGCUACCCCACCUCAGCAUUCAACAACAGGCCACUACUCUUAAAUAUAUUUUUAUGUGUUUGCCAUCAUCUUAAUAUUAUCAACCUAUCCACCAUGAAUUAUACAAUAAAACGGUA